GGAGGGCGCCGCUCUUGUUGAGAGAUAGGGAAUGCCUGCAAGUUGCGUCUGCCGAUAAUAGCACAUCAGCCAGAGCGCUGCGAUUGGGAGAGCAGAGCGCUGCCAGUGCGGAGGACUGAGCCGCUGAGCACAGAAUGGUACACUAGAGAAGACAGGCACACUUAGAAAGAGACAGAGAGAGACAGAGAGAGAUAGGUUGAAGGAAGAGAGAGCGCAUCAGAGCACGCUGAGGAGAGGCGGACAGGGAAGGAUCAGUGGAGAGUGGAUGGGAGAAAGGUUACCAGGUCAGCAAGAGAACGUGGAAGUGGAGCAGCUGAUGCUCACCAGGGGGUCUCUCUUGCACCGGAACAGCCUGGCAGCACAUGAGGAGAGGGAUUUUAGGACUGGAUAGAGGUACUGUAACUUCCUCCUAAGAAAGACAGUCCAAAGGCGAUGGUAAUGCUUCUCACAGGACUUUUCUGCACGGCAACUUCAGGACUAUCACAGCAAGACAGCAGCAGCAAGCAGAACACACUUAAUCCUGCAGAGACGCCUGAUAUGUGCAGUUCCACUCAGUUCUGUGCAGACUUUCUGACCCAGUUGUGUGCUUCGAGGUGGAUGUAGUUGUGUCUCUGUAAGGUUUUUUAUCCUUUCUUUUUGUUUUGCUUCGGAUUGCAAAGCAGUGGAGACUUGUGUUGUUCUGUCCUUUCAUCCCUGAGACUAUGGUACACUGUGCGUCAGGGAGCCCUUCAUCAGCAGCUGCAGCCCUAGAGCAUGGAGAAGUCCAGCAGUGAGGAGUCAGCUAUUCACCGUAGCCCUUCCGUAGAUAGCCGUGACUCAGAUUUUGGCCAAGCCUCCACGUCUGGCCGCCCGUUUGGUGGCCGCGGCUUCACUGCCGGUGCAUUCUACGGCUCCACGGGGCCGCGCAAAAACGCACAGCAGGGGCAGGCUACAGCGGCAGCUGACGCCAGCGCAGGAGACAAGACCGCCAACAAGUACAGCUCACCCAAAGGCAGCAAAUACGUGGUCUUUUACCUGGAUCUAUCCUUUGUGUUCCUUUUAGAAUUCAAGAAGUGCAACAUGGCAAGAGGCUGCCUCUGCUGCUUGAAGUAUAUGAUGUUCAUCUUUAAUCUCAUCUUCUGGUUAUGUGGCUGCGGGCUGCUAGGCGUGGGCAUCUGGCUCUCUGUGUCGCAGGGCAGCUUCGCCACCUUCUCGCCCUCAUUCCCCUCACUGUCGGCUGCCAACAUGGUCAUCGCCAUCGGCGCCAUCGUCAUGGUAACAGGCUUUCUCGGUUGCCUGGGUGCCAUCAAGGAGAACAAGUGCCUGCUUCUGAGCUUCUUCAUUGUCCUGCUGAUAAUUCUCCUGGCAGAGCUGAUAUUGCUCAUCCUGUUCUUUGUGUACUCAGAUAAGGUGAGUGAGAACGCCAAGCAGGAUCUCAAGGAUGGACUGGCUCUCUACAACUCAGAAAACAACAUAGGCCUGCGAAAUGCCUGGAACAUCAUCCAGGCAGAGUGGAAGUGCUGUGGCGUGAUAGCAUACACCGACUGGCAUGAAGCCCUGCAGGAGAAGAUGGUACCUGACCGCUGCUGUCAGGAGCAUUACCAGGACUGUGGCCAUAACUCCACAAACAUGUUCUGGAACAGGGGCUGCUUUGAGAAAGUGGAGGAAUGGCUGGAUGACAACAAGCACCUGCUGGGAACCAUCGGCAUGGUCAUCUUGGUAGUGCAGCUCCUGGGCAUGGCGUUCUCCAUGACGCUGUUCCACCACAUCCACAGAACGGGGAAGAAGUAUGACGCUUAGACUUGGGGAUGGAGGCACCCAACUGAGAGGAGCUGCACUGCCUGAUGGCAUAAGACUUGGAUUGAAACACCCCGGCUACCCCCCCCACUUUUAACCUCUUUAGAGCAUUGUCUGCCCCUUUCCCAGACCUUCUGUACAGAUUCCAGUUGUGUUCCCGCUCUGUUCUGCUCUCUCCUCUCACCACUCAUUUUGCCAAAGACUUUAACACAACUGGAAAAGAAGAGACGUCUACUUUUGGCAAGGAAGAGAACCCGGUUGGUUGUCAAUCCUCUCAAGUACAUUUCUAUUUUUAUUUUGUUGUCUUUUUUUGCUUGGACUAACAAUUUGCUGGAAGGACGGACGUUGAGACAAUGAACACCCCCCCCCACUGCGAGGCAAAGAGAACAUAUGAAUUUGAUAGUACCCUCCACCUCUUGUGGAGCUUUUUUCCCUCAUUGAUUGACCUGUAAAUGAAAGAAGUUCCAACAUGGCAUGCUAGUUUUUUACUCUACUUAUUUACCUUUGUCGUCAAAAAUGUCAAACACCUUCAUUUUUUGUCUUAUUUCUUGAUAUGUCAUCAACGCGAAUGUGGUAUAGAUCAGUGCAAUGAGCUCCCAGCUGUGUUUGUGUGUGUGUGUGUGUGUGUGUGGGGAGGGGGGAUUUGACGUGACGCUGCAGCGGUGGGGCACAUUCAUGUCGAUAUGUUUAAUGUAAUACAUGAUUCAUAUUUCUUUUUAUUCGGCAAUAGAGGUAAAGGAUGGGUGAUGGUGGAUCGUCAUGUAACUUAUCAGAGGAUUUAUUUUACACCAAAUACUGCAACAUCCUCUGAAUUAUAAAUUGUAAUGCACAUAUCUGCCUGUGAACACACACACACACACACACACACACAUAUAUAUAUAUACACACACACCAGCAGUAUUCCCGUUCCUAUGAGACAAUACAAAUGGUGUAAAAUGGCUGUUUAUUAGGGCUCCACCAGGACUGUCAAGUGAAGAGAUCUGAGAUAUGUAGUUCCCCUUUGAGAAUACAGAGUGUGUGCGUGUGUGUGUGGCUUUGCGGGUGUGUUUUAUCACAUUGUCCAAGCUGAAGAAAGAAAAAAAAAACAAUGCCUACUGUAGAAACAUGGAGCAAAGCAAGGGCACAAGGGGCAAAAUCAGAACACAUGUCUCCCUGCUACCAUCCAUUGUGUUAGCGUAGGCGGCUAGAGACCUGCUCUCCUAUAUUCUUGAGCUCUCAUCCAUUUGCACUGCCCUCCUUACUCUUCCUCACUGUGGCAGUCAACUCCUCCCUGCCUCCAUUUUUCUUUUUUUCACCCUAAUUUUCUUCCCACAUGUAAGAAAGCAAUGAGCUUUAUGCUCCACACGUGCACACAAUAUCUCUGCUGACAUUCCUGCUCGUCACAUCACAGUCUGGUUUGCACUGGUUUUAUGUAAGCUUCCUUUUCCUUUUUUUAGCCACAGUCGAGGGGGGGUGGCGGAGUGUAGGAGGAUAAAAGCAGAGACAGAUAGGUAUGGCUACAUGCCCUAAAGUAUAGGACAUGUCUGUUUACUGCUGAUUCACUGCAGGAGGCCUAAAACAUCCGCCUGCAUCCUUAAGACUGAAAAUACUGCAUCUGCUGUGGCGACUUAAAGAAAACGUCCUCCAGUGUGUCUGCUCUCGGCUUCGACGUUUCUGCGAGCAUGUGAGUGGCGGCAGUGUAAAAUAUAUACUAAAAACAUAUACUCAACAAAGUGAACGGAAUACAACAUUUCAACAACAGGGCAAGAAACAAGCAGUCAGCUGAUCAGACAGGUUGUGAACAGUAUAACCAAAUUAGCAACCAUUUGUUUUCUCUUCCAAAUAAUAAUUUUGGUUAUUGUGGGGAACCUAUAUUAUCAUCUGACUGCUCCGGUUCCUUUGUAGAUAAUCAGAAUAAACAGGCCUACCAGUAGGAAAAGCACGGGUGUAAAUAAUGAACUAAAUUAUGGCAGAGUUCCAUUUAGCUGCUUUGAUUUCAGAUUCCUGGUGUUGUGCGAGGAGGCAUCAUGUCUGGGGUAAAAAGAGGGUCUGCAUUUGCCGAAAGGCUCAAUAGCUGGCACUUGAUCAUAGAACAUGGGGAUGAUUGAUUCGUUUCACUGAGGCGUUGGGUCGGGAUAUAUUUUACACACAAAA